CCCUCGAAACCCUACCGCGCCGCCGCCUACACCCGCCUCCUCCUGCUGCCUCGUUAGUCACCCGCCGGCCGCCGAGGUUGGGCGGCGGACGCGAUGGCUUCCACCAAGAAGACACGAUACGCCCCGCUCAUUGCACAGCUUCCAGACAGGGCAACAACCAGCAUGGCCGAAGGCGGCGCCACGGCUCUCUCGUUGCCAGGAGAUGUCAUCUCCGUCAUCCUCUCAUGGGUGCCGGUCAAGUCCGUGUGCCGCUUCCGAUGCGUGUCCAAGGACUGGCUAGCCCUCGUCUCCGACCCGGCCUUCAUCGCCAAUCACAAAUCCCGUGGCGCACCGGUGCAGCUCCUCGUCGGCAGCUACUGCGAGGUAGAUUGCGCCCCCUACCACAGCAGCUUGCAGGUGAUGGACAUGGAUGGCAAACUUCUGUGGACUAUCCAAGGCUUUGCCAUGAUGCCUAAUGUCCGCUCGAGUCUCGACAACCUUGUCUGCUUCUCCGGCCCUGAUGGUGUCGCCCGCGUGGCCGAUGUCACCACCGGUAAGGUCCUCGUCACCUCCCCGUGGAUAACGGGCGGGGUCAGCAGCAGCAACGUUCAGCAGCACUGUGCUAUUGCUAUCAGCCUUGGCCGUUCUGCUGUCUCCAAUUCGACAAAGGUGGUCCGCCUCACUGAGUACUCCCAGGACGAACCUCAGCAGACAUGCGAGAUUCUCACAUUGGGAGUAAAUGAUAGCUUGUGGAGGCAGGCACCAUUGCCGCCGUCAGCAGUCAAUGUGUUCCCUUAUGAAAGCUCCAGCGCCACGGUCAAUGGUGUUGUGCACUUCCUCUCUAGCACAUAUGGGAUACAAAAGAAGCCUGCAGACACUGUUCUCUCUUUCGACCUCGAGACCGAGGAGUGGAGGAGCAAGACGAUCCAAGGCCCCCUAACUAGAGAUACUGAGUUGUGGAGCAAGACAGACCGAGUUCGCUUAACAGGGCUCAGCGACACCUUGUGUAUGAUUCAGACGGAAGAGUGCCAUGCCAACAUGUGGCUCCUUGUUGAUGCCGACAAAAGCAUAUGGGUGAAGAAGUAUACGCUCCCCAUGGUGAAGCCCUUUUAUAUGAUCGAACCUUUGUCAGUAAUGCCUGAUGGUGUAAAGUUGCUCUUGUACUACAGACCAGCAAACUGGGACGAGUCUGUGUUACGGGUGUACGAUCCCUCAGUUGGGAUAUGCUCGGAUGACAUAAAGCUGCCCAAACAUACCUUCGACAAAGUCAGUAUUUGCAACUUGCACUUGGAUUACUUUGUGACGCCGGCCAGAUCUGAUGUUCAUUGGACAGUCUUGCUGGGUAAAACAGCACACAGAGAUGUCUCGCCCUAGAAGAUGGUGUUGAGUGGAGGCAAGUAGAACCGCCUCCGUCCCUUGUCUCUAUCAACCGUUUGUCAAUGGUAUUGUGCACUUCGCCUCCAGCAACACAUAUGGGGCUCCCGUGGACCGUGUGCUCUGCUUCAACCUCCACCUACAGAGUGAGGAGUGGAUCAAGGCGAUCGAAGGCCCGCUAACUCGUAGACGGGGGAAAUCCGCAUCGGCAAGUUUAAGAAUGCCAUGUCCAUGAUUCAAACGGAGGUACGCCGGACCAACCACCUAUUCGCCAACAUCCUCCUUGGCCGCCGUCGGAGGGGGUGGUUGCUGUGGAGUAACCGCGUCCUACUUGUCUGGCUGCGGAUGGGGCUGUUGUUAUGGGGACGCAAUCAUCGGAGGGGGUGGCGAGGCCGAAUCCACCGCUGGUGGCAAUGGGCAAAGUUGCUGUUCGCGUCCUUCUCCGUCCAACAGGGAAGAGGAGGUUGGAGUUUUGCGAGCGCGGAAGGCAUGUGCGUCCCCGGCGAGAUUGGUAUCUUCUGUAUCCCUUUUUCUCCUCUGUCUUGUAUGUUCUCUUUGUCUCCAGAUUUGUAUGCAGAGGUUAGAGAGAUUUCUGUUGUUGUUUUAGGAGCCGCAUCACAUGUAAUUCAUAUUUUUCAUUUGUUGGGAGGUGGUGACGCUGGUGAUGCCACCGGGUGGCUAGAUCUGUGUAUUCAGUUGUUUUUUGUUCUGUGGUUUUUGAGGUAUAUGUGAUGAUGCAGUGUUUGAGACGAAAUCAA